AUGAGCGUCAAAACUAACAACGUUAAAAAAUUAGGAUUCACAAACGAGGAAAUAAAGGAUAUAUUAGAUGAGAUGUGUUAUGAAGUUAGUAAAUAUUAUUUAAGAAAUUGUCAAAAAUUUGCCGAGUUAUUAAAUGAUUUAGAUUAUGAUGGAAAAAUGAAUAAAGAUGAUGUUAUAAAUUUCUUAUAUCCCACAUCUGAAGAAGAAAAACCUAAAGAACCUGAUGUUUUCCCUGAAUAUUAUGAAGAACGGAUUAAAGAUGAUGAUGAAUACGAUGAAAUUGAAAUUGAAAGACUGGAAAAAAUAAGAGAUGAAAUAGAUGAAAAAAUUAAGGAAUUAAGAGAAGUUGAAAAAUAUAAUGAAAAUGAAGUAUAG